UGGCGGCUACGAUUAUUGCAGUUCAUUGCUGUACUGGGAUCACUAUGGAUGCUUUCCCUUCUUAGUCCACUGAAAACAGGUAGAAGUGCUGCCUACAUCAGGUAUCAAUGGCUAGAGUAUACCGAUGAUGAUGAGAGCCCAGAGAAAGUUUGCAACUGCUCAGCAGUCCUGCAGGGAGAGAAGGAAGAAUUGCGGAAAGCCAAAUUACUGACCAUCACCAAAGACUUCCAGAAGAAUAUUCAUAUUCCUGAUGAGUAUUAUAUCCAUGCAGCCCGAGACUGCAGGAAAUUCAAAAUGAGCAGAAAAUACAUAACAUUUCCUUUAAGCAAGGAAGAAGAGGAGUUUCCUCUGGCUUACUCUAUGGUUGUACAUCACAAGGUUCACAGCUUUGAGCGACUACUGCGAGCUAUCUAUGCACCUCAAAAUAUUUAUUGUGUCCAUGUGGACAAAAAAUCACCGGCCUCAGUCUUUGCUGCCAUCAAGGCCAUUACUUCCUGUUUCCCAAAUGUGUUCAUGGUCAGCAAGGCUGUGAAUGUGGUCUACGCUGGAUGGACACGUGUACAGCCUGAUCUUAACUGCAUGGCUGAUCUCUAUAACACCAGUACGACAUGGAAAUACUUCAUCAACCUCUGUGGUCAGGAUUUCCCUCUAAAAACUAAUUUGGAAAUUGUGCAAGCUUUGCGUUCACUAAAAGGAGGUAACAGUUUGGAGUCGGAGGAAAUGCCUCGAGGAAAGAAGAAAAGGGUGAUGAAUGCUUACCAAGUAGUUGAUGGACAAAUCCAGCGAACAGGAAAAACAAAGGAUCCAGCUCCCUUCAAUCUGCCCAUACUAUCAGGAAAUGCCUACAUUGUGGUCAACCGAGGUUAUGUUCGCAGUGUUUUGGAAGACAAGCGAAUACAGGCCCUCAUUGAGUGGGCCAAAGACACCUACAGUCCUGAUGAGUUUCUGUGGGCAACAAUACAGCGAAUACCUGGUGUUCCUGGCUCAACAUGGCCCAACCGUAAAUUUGACAUUACUGACAUGAAUGCAAUUGCACGGAUUGUGAAGUGGCAGUGGCACGAGGGGUCAGAGGAUUCUCUGCAAUCAGUAUACCCAGAAUGUAAAGGCCACCAUGUCAGAUCAAUAUGUGUGUAUGGUGCUGGAGACCUGCAGUGGUUGAUUGAACAGCAUCACCUUUUUGCCAAUAAGUUUGAUGCAGACAGAGAUCCCAUUGCUGUCUACUGCUUGGAGAAAUAUCUGAGACACAGGGCACUGACUGAGUGAGUUUAGGUGGAGAGUUAAUUAUCUAUUAUGAAAGACAGUUCUAAUAGAUACUAAAACUAUAAACUCAUUCUUGGAUAGGAUUGGAUCAUAAUAGUCAUGUGGACAUAGUUGUGUUAUAUAAGUUGAGAAUGUAGGUAAAUGUUCAGAUGAGCCACUGUUUGAAUGGCUCAUCUAAUGCAAAGACAAAUCUUUGGUGUUUAAAUUAAUGUUGCACCUUAAGAAUGAACAACUGGCAUUAUAUUCCAUACUAAUAAAAAAAAGUUUAAGUGCUUUUAGUUUACUUAUGGUUUUAAAAAAA